CCUUUGGCCGGCUGUACGCCUUGGCCAUCUUAUGGCACCGUAGGAUCUGCUUGGAGAUGACAUUGCAAGAGAUGAAGCGACGCCCAGGAUGCCCACUGGGGAAAAGGGUAAGAAAGAUGUCCCAAGAAGUAGAGCAAGUCCACGUGCCUACAUACCAAGGAAACAUGGCGCCCGGUUCGGUGUGGGCGGGAGUUACGGCAGCUCACCUGGCGAUGUUCGCCGUCCUGUGUCACAACGUCGCCUUCCACCUGUCCGUACAGGGGUACACACCUUACGACUCCACCGGGGGGAGGUGGAAAUACCUGGAUCAGCUCAAUCUGGACCUAGUAUGCACGUUCUUCGGUGGCUGGGUGCUGUGCGAUCUGACUCAGCCGCUAGUCGGCGCUCCUGCUAAAGCUGGGCUGAUCGCGUUCUUGGACUUCAUCCUUGCAGCGUUCGCGUUCCCCACGACGUUGCUGACUGUUGUGACGGAAGCAGCCCUAUGGUAUGGCGGGAUGCUGGUGCCGUCCCUGCGGCAACAGACACCCCCGGUCCCCGAUGACGCUCCGCGCUGGCACGACCCGCAUGUCUCGCGUACUGUGGUGUUGAUGUUCCUCCUCCUGCACAUGUACAUGGUGGAGCCCCGCUACUCCUCCCGGCGCCGUAGCCUGGCCGGGACAGUGGCGCUCACUGCCGUCUACAUGGCCUGGGUAUCCUACCUUGCAUCCAGCCAGCAGGUUUGGGUGUACCCCUUCAUGGAAGGACUAUCCGGGAUGCAGCGACUUCUAGCGAUCCCCGUCUGCAUCGUCCUAUCAGUCGUUUCCUAUUACUGCGGAGAGUACUUGGCAAGCAAACUUUGGAGUCCACUCAGCAAGAACGUGGAUUGACGUUAUCCAUAGCGUCACCUGAUGAUACCGAGUUGGUGGAAUUUGGUGGAGACGUUUGAGUAGUCCAUGACGUUACGUAUACUAAGAGAGCGAGUCGUUUUUCAGAGUAUUUAUGACCCUAGUUUCGUGGUUAUAGAAACCAUAGUUUGGUGCAGGAAAACAUUGUAAUGUAAUAUUCAGGAUUGUUGGUACUAUUGUUUUGUUUCUGCCAUGUUCAAGGCAUCCCUUAUUUGGGAUCCUAAGCGAUGACAUUCGUGUCAUAGAGAUCUAUGGGGAAGUUAGUAAAGAUUAUAGACGACUGCGAUUAUUACAGUGUUCCGAACGGUUAUUGUCAUACAUGUAUCAUACAUUCAAUGAUGGGGCAACAUGCAAUAAACCGGGUGCUUUUAUUCUGGAA